AAAUAAACACAAGAAAUUUCUCUAGAUCAGUUAAAAGAUCUGUCAUACUGAACUCUGCUUUGAAAAACUGGGAAACCUCUUCUGUGUAGAACUGAAAUAUAUAUUUGACAGUUGUCUUGAAUGAAAAUUAAGGCAAAAAUGUCUGUCAUAGAUCCUUAUCAACAUAUUGUGGUGGAACACCAGUAUUCACACAUAUUCACUGUGACAGUAAGGAAAGCCACAAAUGUCACAAAAGGAGCAAUUGGUGACAUGCUUGAUACUCCAGAUCCCUAUGUGGAGCUGUUCAUCCCAUCUGCCCCUGAUUGCAGGAAGAGAACGAAACAUUUCAAUAAUGAUGUGAAUCCUGUGUGGAACGAGACAUUUGAAUUCAUUUUGGACCCCAAUCAAGAGAAUGUUCUUGAGGUUACUUUGAUGGAUGCCAACUACGUUAUGGAUGAGACUCUUGGCACAUCCACAUUUCCUAUAUCUUCGCUGAAAUUGGGAGAGAAGAAGGAGGUCCAGUUAACUUUCAAUGAUGUCACAGAAAUGACUUUGGAAUUGUCUCUUGAAGUAUGCUUUUCAACUGAUCUCCGGUUCAGCAUGGCUCUGUGUGAUGAGGAGAAGAAAUUUCGGCAGCAGCGAAAAGAUAAUAUCAUGCACAGUAUAAAAUCAUUUCUAGGAGAGGAAAACAGCAAGAACUUGACCACUUCCCGUGAUGUACCAGUGAUAGCGAUAUUGGGUUCAGGAGGUGGAUUUCGUGCCAUGGUAGGAUUUGCUGGAGUCAUGAAAGCACUAUAUGAAUCAGGAAUUUUAGACUGUGCAACUUACAUUGCUGGUCUCUCAGGAUCCACGUGGUACAUGUCAACUUUGUAUUCACACCCAGAUUUUCCAGAAAAAGGACCAAAGGAGAUCAAUCAAGAAUUGAUGAACUCUGUGAGUCACAACCCACUUCUGCUGCUCACUCCUCAGAAAGUCAAACGCUACAUUGAAUCACUGUGGAAUAAGAAAAGCUCAGGACAGCCUGUCACCUUCACAGAUAUCUUUGGAAUGCUAAUAGGUGAAACACUUAUCCAUAAUAGAAUGGACACCACUUUGAGCAACAUGAAAGAGAAAAUCAAUAAUGCACAGUGUGCUCUCCCACUCUUUACAUGUCUUCAUGUCAAACCAGAUGUCUCAGAGCUUAUGUUUGCAGACUGGGUGGAAUUCAGUCCGUAUGAGAUUGGUAUGGCAAAGUAUGGUACUUUUAUGUCUCCUGAUUUGUUUGGAAGCAAAUUUUUUAUGGGGACAGUAGUGAAGAAGUAUAGUGAAAAUCCCUUGCAUUUCUUGAUGGGUGUCUGGGGCAGUGCAUUUUCUAUAUUGUUUAACAGAGUGCUUGGUGUCUCCAAUUCUCAAAAUAAAGGUCCCACCAUGGAAGAAGAAUUAGAAAAUAUUAGACUAAAGCACCUUGUAAGCAAUGACAGUUCAGACAGUGAAGAUGAAUCACAGCAUCCAAAAGGCACUGAAAAUGUUGAGGCAAAUCGAGAAUAUCAGAACAGCAGCCAAGAAAGCUGGGUGCAGAGAAUGCUGAUGGCUUUGGUGGGCGAUAGUGCCCUUUUCAACACCAGGGAAGGGCGUGCUGGGAAAGUGCACAACUUCAUGCUGGGAUUGAACCUCAACAGCUGUUACCCGCUCUCUCCUCUGGCAGACCUUCUUACUCAGGAGUCUGUGGAGGAAGAUGAACUAGAUGCAGCCGUUGCAGAUCCUGAUGAGUUUGAGAGGAUAUAUGAGCCACUAGAUGUGAAGAGCAAAAAGAUUCACAUAGUGGACAGUGGGCUUACGUUCAACCUGCCGUACCCACUUAUCUUAAGACCGCAAAGAGGCGUUGAUCUCAUCAUCUCUUUCGAUUUUUCAGCAAGGCCAAGUGAUUCUAGUCCUCCUUUCAAAGAAAUUUUACUUGCUGAAAAAUGGGCCAAAAUGAACAAGCUUCCUUUCCCGAAAAUAGACCCAAAUGUAUUUGAUCGAGAGGGCAUGAAGGAGUGCUAUGUUUUCAAACCAAAGGACACCUCUUCGGAUAAAGACUGUCCAACCAUAAUCCAUUUUGUUUUGGCUAACAUCAACUUCCGGAAGUACAAAGCUCCAGGCAUUCCAAGAGAAACACAGGAAGAGAAGGAUUUUGCAGACUUUGACAUUUUUGAUGAUCCAAAUACACCAUUCUCUACCUUCAACUUCCAGUAUCCCAAUGAGGCUUUCAAGAGGCUUCAUGAUCUAAUGGAGUUCAACACCCUCAAUAACAUAGGUGUGAUCAAGGAAGCUAUGAUGGAAAGCAUUGAAUACAGAAAAGAGAAUCCAUCUCGCUGCUCUGUGUCUCUUAGCAGUGUUGAAGCAAGGAGAUUCUUUAAUAAGAACAAUCUUAACAACAACCAUACAUAGAGGAUGUGUUGUAAGUCCCAGUUCCUCAAGAAGCUGGUUCUGUCUUUAUAACUGGAGUCAAAAAGACUUUAUCAGAGCAUCACUGCUCCUGCAUAGGGCUGUGCAAAGCUCCUGAAAAC